AUGGGUCGAUGGGGAUGGCGUCUCUUCGAAGGCGACCAGGACCUCGAUGUCGCUGCAACUAUCAUGAAAGACUUAGGUAUCGAGGAAAAUGACUGGGAUUUCAAGAUCGACGCAACCAUCAACCAAACCGACCUGCUAGCCGGCUCAGAGGCCCAUACCUACUACAAAACCCCCAAUUUUGCCCAGAAAUUAGCCACUACUAUCAUCCCCUACAUCCGCGGAAAGCUCGAUACCGAUAAUCUGGGAGACACACUCUUCGCAGCAAGCAAAGCCAAGGAAGCUACUGGCUCAAUAGAUUUCUUCCAGACGAACAAGUAUCGCACCAUCAUCCUAGUUGCGUUGAUGCUCCGCGUCGGUGCUCGUGUCAAGGAAGAGCACCUCCAGUAUGUGCGUGAUCUAGUACCCCAGAUCAACUGCAACUCGCGCCACAUGCUCUUGGCCGACCAUGGCUUCAGAACACCGGGUCGGGCUCAGUUCCUCGCUGCGUUAGAUUACUGCAAGCCUGGUGUGCCGCGUAAUUUUCAGGAAGCUAGCUGCUUCGGAUGUGGAAAGAUUGAAGCUGAUCUCGGUCAUAAGCCCCUGAUAUGCAAGAAAUGCAAGUUUGCAACUUACUGUGGCCAGGUUUGUCAGCGUGAACAGUGGCGCGAGCACCGAGUCAGCUGUGUGGCCCCCGAAAAACGCUUUAUGCUGAAUGUUUGA